AUGUCGACAAUGAACAAUCUUUCACCCUGGAAAGGCGUACUUUCGGGGACCGGUGCCGCCAUUCUCGCAAAUGUUCUGGUCUAUCCACUCGAUAUUGUUAAGACACGACUGCAGAUUCAAGUUCAAAAACGCGACAGAAACAGAGACGGAAAGAAUGACUGUGGAUCAGAACUUGAAAAUGGCCCUCAAUACAACAAUGCUAUGGACGCAGUGUUUAAGAUAAUUCGGGAAGAUGGCUUCCCAGGAUUGUAUAGUGGACUUGGCAGUUCUCUCCUUGGCACUGCAUCUAUGAAUUUUGCAUAUUUCUAUUGGUCAGCAACUGCAAGGAUUCUCUAUGGGGCGAUGCUUAAGGCUCAUGGUUGCGCGGAUGCAAACAGUAUUGUGAAAGAGCUGGGUCUCGGGGCUGCAGGUGGUGCCAUGGCCCAGCUCUGCACGACUCCUAUCUCGGUUAUUUCAACUCGACAGCAGAUGGGCACAAAGUUCACCGGUAAAGAGUCGAUCUGGAAAUCCACGAAAGCGAUCCUGGAAAGUGAUGAUGGAUGGGCUGGCCUAUGGACUGGGCUGAAGGUGAACUUGAUUUUGGUCAUCAACCCUAUGAUCACAUACGGUGUUUAUCAAUGGCUCCGGAAUAUCUUGGUCAAUGUGAGAAAAGAGCUUGGCUCUUUCGAUGCAUUUGUGCUUGGCGCUCUAUCGAAGAUAAUAGCAACGAUUGUGACCCAUCCACUGAUCGUAGCCAAGACUAUGCUGCAAUCAAAAUCAGUGACAUGUCGAGGGGGUAAGCCUUUUAAGGGGUUCACAGAAGUCCUCAUAUUCAUCCUCCAAAAUGAAGGUUUCUUAAGACUCUACAAGGGUCUUCUCCCGCAAAUUACUAAGGGCUUUUUGGUUCAGGGAUUGAUGAUGCUAUUCAAAGAAAGGUAUGUCUUCUCUCGAAGUGGUUUUCGAUCCAUAUUUUAA